AUGGAUAUUGGAAAAGUAGGCGAGCUGAAAGAAUUCAUAGAAGCAUGCAAGUCAAAUCCUUGUCUUCUUCACACUCCUUCCCUUUCCUUCUUCAAAUCUUAUCUUCUCAGCUUGGGUGCCAACAUCCCUCCACAACCCAAACAGGAACCUCUUGUUGUUCAUCAUCAUCACAUUAUAGAAUCUCAUGUUGAAUUCGAUAACACCGACGUUGUUAAACCUGAUGAUGACCCUCCUCAAAAGAUGGGAAAUCCUUCUGCUCAAGUAACGGAACAUCACAGAGAUGCUGCUCAACUAGCAAAAUCAAAAGCACUUGAUGCUUUAUCACAAGGCUAUUUCGAUCAAGCCCUAGAUUUACUCACACAAGCCAUUUUGUUGAAUCCGCAUUCAGCCAUACUUUAUGCCACCCGAGCUAGUGUGUUUAUCAAGUUGAAGAAACCAAAUGCUGCUAUUCGUGAUGCCGACGCUGCCUUGAAGAUUAAUCCAGACUCAGGGAAAGGGUAUAAAAUACGGGGAUUGUCAAGGGCUAUGUUGGGACUCUGGAAAGAAGCACUCAGUGAUCUUCACGUGGCUUCAAAGAUAGACUACGACGAAGAGAUUGGGGUGGCACUUAAAAAAGUUGAGCCUAAUGUUCACAAAAUGGAGGAGCAUAGGAGAAAAUAUGAACGCUUACGGAAGCAGAAGGAGCAGAAAAAAGCUCCACCAAAGAAGCAACCACAAGAUGAAGCUCAAGAUAAAGACGCAUUGUCUGCUUUAAAAGAUGGGAAAGUGAUUGGUAUUCACUCUAUUGGUGAGCUGGAAACAAAGUUGAGUGCAGCAUCAAAGACAUCUCGCUUGGCAAUCUUGUACUUUACUGCAACAUGGUGUGGUCCUUGUCGCCAUAUUUCACCACUUUAUACAAGCUUGGCUGAGAAGUAUCGGAGAGUGGUUUUUUUAAAAGUUGAUAUAGAUGAAGCAGUGGAUGUUGCUGCACGCUGGAAGAUUAGCAGCGUUCCAACAUUUUUCUUUGUAAAAAAUGGCAAAGAGGUCGACACUCUGGUGGGGGCUGACAAAAAUACACUUGAAAGGAAGAUUGCUCAACAUGCCGGCCCUCUUUAA